AUAGCGUGUUAUCAACUUCAUAGUACACGGCGUUACCGUUAUCUACCUUGUGCGGGCCUCUAUUUUAGACAUUGAGUAGCUAUAGACCUCUGUUAGUUAAACUAAACACGUGAUUCAAAUAACAUAACGAUCACUUGAAGAAGGAAGUUUAAUUCGCAACAAAUGCAAAUGGCGGCCUGUAAGAUAUGGCUUGUUUUCACAGAAUUGAUAUAAACGUUAGUAGCAAAAUGGCAAGUAAGUUAUCUAUUCGCCGCGCCCAGGUUCACGUGCCCAACACGUGUGCAUGGUGUGAAAGCAUACAGGACGUGAACUGGUACUGUAAUGACUGUCUGGAGGUUCUGUGUGAUCGUUGUAAGGAGAUCCAUAAACGAGCGAACAGGACAAAAAACGACGAUGUCGUACCAAUAAAAGAGGCGAACAAGCAGGACGAGGCAGUACUCCCAGAGGUUUGUAAGACACAUCGAGGUAAGACAUGUGACCUGUACUGUAGUGACUGUGACAUCGCGAUGUGUACGAUGUGUUUUACCGAGGGACAUAAACAACACACUUUCAAAAAUAUUGAAGAGGAAAUUGUCUCGCAGAAACAGUACAUGCAAGAUCAAUUGAAAAUAUUAAAGUCCAAGUCAGACCAUUUUAAUGAUAAUCUAUCCAAACGUCAUGAAGUGAACAAGUCAGUCAAAGAGAGCGUGGCUGUCAUCCGACAAACUGUACAAACCCAGAGACAAAAACUGAAAGCAGAAAUUGAUUCCAUAGCCGACGCCGUCUUGGUCGAGUUAUCGGCCUUGGUGAACGAAGAAGAAAAAUCCUAUCAACAGGACUGCAAAUCUAACGAGCAAACUAUCAAAGAGAUCAAACAGCUGAUCAAAGAUGUAGAGCAGAAGACAGAAAAGAUGUCCACUACAUCCAUAUUGGAGCUGACAGGGAGACUGAGAACCACCAUACCGCUGUAUGAUGUUACUAAAAAGAGCGUGUUACCUCGCCCACCUCACUUCAUUCCUGGGGAACUUAACGCAGAUCAGAUAAAGUCAAUGAUUGGAUAUAUUCAUGUCGGCAAAUUGAAGACUGACGACCUUAGGUAUGAGAAGAAAGAGGUUGACAGUAAAAAGGUUAGUCAGAUUUCUACAUUCCUAGUAUCUCAGCAGACACAAAUCAACUCAAUAUGUCCUAUUGACGACAAUCACGCAUGGAUGUCAGUACAUGGAUCUAAAGUAUUGGUUAAAGUCAACAAGGAAGGUAAGGUCACAGAGUCUGUCAGCCUUGACUUUAACCCAUGGUGUCUGGCAAUGACCAACACAGAAGAACUACUGAUCACGUUUCGUAAUAGUUCACCGCUGAUACACAAAUUAUCCAAGGACAGAAGAGUGACCAGAUUCGCUGACAUCAGUCCGUUUGGAGCAUGGGGUAUCAGUGUCAGUGACAAUGACGAGGUGUUCGUUACUACUGCCACUACAACAAUACAGGUACUGAACAUGUCCGGGGAGAGGAUCAGACAAAUCUCGUGUGGAGGUGAUGGGCAGAGUAUCGUAUGUAUGACCACAGGAUGUAUAGCUGUCACCACUGGCACGAGUAUGUAUCAUUGUAAGGAAAUGAUUGUCAUCAACAAAUCUGAUCAGAUCAUACAGAAGUGGAGUGGGGAACUGGACAAUGGUCAGGAGUUAGAAAAGACGACACAAUGUAAUAUAGCACGAGAUAGAUAUGACAGAGUGUUUGUACCAGACUCCUACACUAACCAGGUAUACGUCCUCUCGGGGAAUGAGAGAAAGGCCAAGUGUCUCCUAAACAAGACACAUGGAGUAACACAGCCACUGGCUGUGUGUGUAGACAGGUGUGGACAUGUCUGGAUCGGAUGUUACAAUGGUACAGUACAUGUGAUGGAACUAUAAACAAAUCAGUGGUAUCACCAGACCGAGUCGAUAUCAAAAUGAAUGAAAACAUAGCAUUAUGUUAUAAUGCCGAUACAAAUGUUUUCGUGCUAUAAAUCCGUAGCGUGAACGCCUUAAAAUGAUCCAAUUUAUUUCAUGUGUUACGGUAAAAACAUGUCAACUAUAUCGUGUGUUGUUUAUUUCGAUUAUCACAAAUUUCUGUUUUGAACUUUAUUGUGAUCAGUAGGAAAUCGAAGAGCUCUACGCUGAAUUUUAACAGGAUUAUGUUCCAUCAUAAUGUAAUGUCAACAGAUAUAUAUACAUUUGGCUUAACUCAUUCACCCCUGAAAUUUCAUAAUGAACUAUUCCAACCUUUGAAUUGGAAGAGUUCAAAUGUGUCUUCAGGGGUGAAUGAGUUAACAUAUCAUAGUUAAAGUAUAGCUUGAAAACGUUGAUUUAUCAAUGUUCACAAUAAGC